GUAGUCAGUUGACUUUAGUAUAGUUUAGUAUUGCGAUAGCAAUUAACUUAAUUAACUUAAUUGUGUAUUUUGCUAAUUGCUAAUUGAAUUAGCUGCUUUAUAAAAAAAUAUAGAGACAAAAAUUAAAAAAAAACCAAUCGAAUCAAAAGGCAACAAAUAGCCUGCUUAAAAAAUCUUUGAGAUUACAUACUACUGUAACCUACUAAAAAAUUGUUGAACCUAAAAAAUAAACAACCAGGAAAAAGUGUGUGAUCGCAAAUAUCAAGAUAAAUAAAUUAAAUAAAAAAGGUGUUGAGAUAAAAAUACUUAUAUGUAUAUCUAUACAAUUAGUCGUAUAAUUCUAUUAUUAUGUGUCGUUGCCAAUAGAAUCGUACAAAUAUCACAGUGACAAUUUCUUUAAUUAAUUGCUACAUAAUUAAGUUAUUUCUCAAGAAAUUUUACACUAAUUUGUUAAUUCGAAACAUUAAAUUCACAUUCAUUCGCCACGACAAGCACUGAUUUAUUUUUACGCAACACAUUUGUUAAAUACUACGAAGUCAACCAAAAAAAAAAUUGCAAUAAAAAAUCAGAUAUGUUAAAUUAUCAUCAACCACAACAACAUCAGGAGCAAAUGGCAACAAGUAUGACCACAGCGGCAGCUACAACAAUAACACCAUCAUCAAACAAUUCAACAACGACAUCCGGUACACUAUCAUCCUCAACGGAACACAAUACAAUGCCAUUAAAUUUUUAUUCUACUUCCCAACUUCACAAUCACAGUAACAAUAACAAUCCGCAGCAUCAUCAGCAACAACUAUCACCAACAAUGGUUGGCAACAGUGUAACUGCCACCACCUGUUCAUCUUUACAACAUUUACAUACUUUAACAAACAAUAACAAUUAUAUUUUGACCUCGUCAUCAUUAUCAUCUUCAAUACCCACAACAUCAUUAUCAUCGUCCUCUUCAGCAUUGUAUCAUAAUCAAAUAUGCACAAAGUUAUCAUCGCCUGCAUCUGCUUCGGAAUCCUCAUCAACUUCAUUGUCUACAACAAAAAUUUCACCAAAUCUUGCUACUGCACCAUCAUUGUCAUCCUCAUCCACUACCACCUCCAACGCAACACUACCAAUUGCAACAACAUUUCUAUUUGAAAAAGGUUCGGAAAAUGUUAAACGUUUUUCCGUUAAUAAUUUAUUAGAGUUAGCAGCGGUACAACAAGAUUAUCAUCACCAACACAAUCAUAUCCACAGUCACAAUCAUCACCAACAACACAUUACAAAUAAACUACAAAUGCAUCAUCAACUCCAACAGGAGCAGCCACAUCAACAGUCGCUUUUAUCUCAUGGGGAUAAUUUUGACGAUACAUUUCCAAAUGAAUUUACUUCAACAUCAGCAAAUGGUAUUAUUUCUGACCAUACAUCGUCUUCACCACAUUCUGGCCGCAAACCACGUCGGAAUCGUACCACUUUCUCUUCGGGACAAUUAACAGCAUUAGAAAAGGUGUUUGAACGUACUCACUAUCCAGAUGCUUUUGUGCGUGAAGAAUUGGCCACUAAAGUGGGUUUGAGUGAGGCGCGCGUACAAGUAUGGUUUCAAAAUCGUCGUGCUAAAUUUAGACGUAAUGAACGUAGUUCAACCACUGGACGACCUUUAAUUACAACCACCCCACAACCCGUGCCACCUAUAACUACGGCCCAUAAGUUUUCGCUCGAUAAAAGUGCUGUGUUUUUGCAGCAGCAAAUGGAUUUGUCACAUCCUCAUCAUCCACAUCAUCAUGCUGCUGCCGCCGCCGCAGCAUAUUCGUUAAGUUUUCCCUCGUUGGGAAUGUAUGCGUCAACAAAAAAUUAUGUUAAUUCAUCGUACAAUACAUUUGCAGCAACAGCUAAUGGUAGUUCAACAAAUGAAGGAUUAACAGGACCUUGUGGUUUUUUUGCUUCGUCUAAUUAUUGUGCGCCCAGCUAUCAACCAAAUUAUUCAGCAUUAAGAUAUAAAAGUGCUCAAGGUUUUUCUGGUUUAUGAGAAGAAAAAAAAAACUUUAAUACGAAUUUUCGAAAAAAAAUAUAUUUAAACUUUUUAGAUUUUAUAUGAAAAGUGCAAUUUAGUCAAAUUUUUAAUUUUAAAUAAAGUAUAUUUAUUGUAAAACAAUUUAUAUGUAUAUACAUGUAGCGAAAUUACUACAAGAUUGUCAAACUAAAGUGUUUUAUCAACAAGUAAGGGUAAUGCUCAUUUGAAAUAAAUGUUAAUAUUGCCUAAAGUAAUUCUUGAUGGAUCCGUUUAAAUUUUGAAGACGUAUCGAAUGUUUGUAAUAUUAUGGGUAUAUAUCUGUUUAGAGUUAUAACCGCUUGAACUAAGGAGUUUUCUAGCUGGAUUUAUGAUCACUCGAAUUUAUGAAUUACCAUAAAAAUAUUUUAUUUUGCGAUCUCUUGAAAUGGAAAUUUAUAAAAAAAAAAUAUUUUCACCACUAGAACAUAAUCAAGUAUCAGGUCCAAAUCUUGCAACAAAAAUUAUAUAAAGCUAUUUACA